AUGCUAGGACUAAUCAGCAGGGUUGGAAAUCGCGCCAGAUGCUCCAGCAGUGUGCCUCCCUCAGAAAAAGUUGUGCUUGAUACUAGUGGCUCAGGAAAUACAACUUAAUCCUUAUUCUUUGUCUCUCCACCCUUCUUCUCUUUUUUUAAAAAAACCCGUUUGUUAGGGGUUCACUCAUGUUUCGUGUGUAAGGAGAAUAAUGCAGAUGUUAAGCGCUGUGUUGUGUCUCAGUGUGGAAAAUUUUACCACGAAGAUUGUGUGAGGAGAUACCCUCUUACUGUGUUUGAAAGUCGGGGCUUUCGCUGUCCUCUCCACAGUUGUGUGACCUGUCACGUUUCAAACCCUUCAAAUCCAAGACCAUUGAAAGGUAAAAUGAUGCGGUGUGUCCGCUGCCCCGUAGCCUACCACGGAGGGGACUCUUGCUUGGCAGCGGGGUGUUCGGUGAUUGCAUCCAAUAGCAUCAUCUGCACAGGUCACUUCACUGCCCGGAAGGGGAAGAGGCACCACGCACAUGUCAAUGUGAGCUGGUGCUUCGUUUGCUCCAAAGGGGGGAGCCUCCUGUGCUGUGAGUCCUGUCCGGCAGCCUUCCACCCCGACUGCCUCAACAUCGAGAUGCCCGAUGGGAGCUGGUUCUGCAACGACUGCAGGGCCGGCAAGAAGCUCCACUUCCAGGACAUCAUCUGGGUCAAACUCGGCAACUACAGAUGGUGGCCGGCAGAAGUUUGCCAUCCCAAAAAUGUCCCCCCAAAUAUUCAGAAAAUGAAGCACGAGAUUGGAGAAUUUCCUGUGUUUUUCUUUGGGUCUAAAGAUUAUUAUUGGACACAUCAGGCACGAGUGUUCCCGUACAUGGAGGGCGAUCGGGGCAGCAGAUACCAAGGAAUUAAAGGAAUUGGAAAAGUCUUCAAAAACGCGCUGCAAGAAGCCGAAGCUCGCUUCCGUGAGAUCAGGCUCCGGAGGGAAGCCCGAGAGUCUCAGGAGAAUGAGCGUAAACCCCCGCCCUACAAGCACAUUAAGGUGAAUAAGCCGUAUGGGAAAGUUCAGAUCUACACAGCCGAUAUUUCUGAAAUCCCUAAGUGCAACUGUAAGCCCACAGACGAGAACCCUUGUGGCUUUGACUCGGAGUGUUUGAACAGGAUGCUGAUGUAUGAGUGCCACCCCCAGGUGUGCCCUGCGGGCGAGCACUGCCAGAACCAGAGCUUCACCAAGCGCCAGUACCCUGAGACCAAGAUCAUUAAGACAGAGGGCAAAGGCUGGGGUCUGGUGGCCAAGAGAGACAUCAAAAAGGGGGAGUUCGUGAAUGAGUACGUGGGCGAGCUGAUCGACGAGGAGGAGUGCAUGGCAAGGAUCAAGCACGCCCAAGAGAACGACAUCACCCACUUCUACAUGCUUACCAUUGACAAGGACCGCAUCAUUGACGCUGGCCCCAAGGGGAACUACUCCCGAUUCAUGAACCACAGCUGUCAGCCCAACUGCGAGACCCUCAAGUGGACGGUGAACGGUGAUACCCGCGUGGGCCUGUUUGCUGUGUGCGACAUUCCUGCAGGGACAGAGCUGACCUUUAAUUACAACCUCGACUGUUUGGGCAACGAGAAGACCGUCUGUCGCUGCGGAGCCCCCAACUGCAGUGGCUUCCUUGGGGAUCGGCCAAAGACUUCCACGUCCCUUUCUUCUGAGGAAAAGGGCAAAAAGAUGAAGAAAAAAACCAAGAGGCGCCGGACGAAGGGUGACGGCAAGAAGGUGUCAGAGGACGAGUGCUUCCGCUGUGGCGACGGUGGCCAGCUGGUCCUGUGUGACCGCAAGUUCUGCACCAAGGCCUACCACCUGUCAUGCCUUGGGCUGGGCAAGCGGCCCUUUGGGAAGUGGGAGUGUCCUUGGCAUCACUGCGACGUGUGUGGCAAACCUUCUACUUCCUUUUGCCACUUUUGUCCCAAUUCUUUUUGCAAGGACCACCAUGAUGGGACAGCCUUCCGCACCACGCUGGACGGACAGCUGUACUGCUCCGAGCACGAGGGUGGCACCCAGCCCGGCCGAGGGGUCAAGGCGGGGCAGCCCCGCACGGAGCCGGUCAGGCCCAAGGGGAGGAGGAAGCGGAGGCGCUGCUGGCGGAGGGUCACUGACGGCAAAUAG